UGUCGUACGCUUGCCCUCGUCACCCUGGGCGUGUUGGCUGGUAUCCGAUUCUUAUGGAUUCCCGUUCUUACCUGCACGUGCCUGGUAGCAGAUCAAUGACAAUAGCCAUUGGAAGCUUAGGAAAAGCGCCAUGUCGAAGGACACCGUGAAUCUGGUGCAGAUGCAGGAGCCGACUUUGCAGCCAGAGCAACAGUCCAAGCUCAAACAACUUGUCAAUGAGGAGAACUUACGGAAGCAGGAGGAGUCCGUGCAGAAGCACCAUCAGACCUUCUUGGCGUCCAUCAGGAUGGCUGUCACCGUGUUUGGGGAAAGAUUCCGUGCCUUUGUGACAGACCGGGACGCAGUGACAGCCACGGUGGUUGGGCUGACGCUGUUGGCUGGCGGGGUCUACUCUGCCAAGAAUGGGACAGCUGCCGUGGCCAGCUUCAUCGAGGCUGGGCUGUUCAAGCCAUCCCUGGUGAGCGAGAAGUCCCGCAUCACGGUGCUGGAGGCGCUGCAGCACCCCUUCCAGGUAGAGGCGCGAGCCUGGCCCUCCCUGAGUGCGGUUCCUGGCUGAGUCUCCUCUCCCAGUCUGGAAGCGCAGGUGCGCAACAUGGCCAUAGCAACAAGGAACACGAAGAAGAACCACGGCCUGUAUAGGAAUGUCCUGAUGUACGGGCCACCAGGGACCGGGAAGACGCUCGUUGCCAAGAAUCUCGCCCUGAACUUGGGCAUGGACUACGCCAUCAUGACAGGUGAGGACCUGGCCCUCAUGGGGCGGGAAGGCGUGACUGCCAUGCACAAGCUAUUUCACUGGGCCAAUACCAGCCGGCGCGGCUCUGUCCUUGUGGCCAUGCAGGAGGCCCGGCGGAGGGUCCCUCGGAGGGAAGGUCCCCUGAGUGUGGACCCUGGUGGACAUGAGGCCCCCAGCCUGUGGAGGCUGCCAGAGGAGAUGAGCAAUUACUAUCUCAGAGUCGCCCAGAACGCCUUCCUAAACCACACGAAGGAGCGCAGCAACAAAUUCAUGCUGGUCCUGACCAGCCGCCACCCCGAGCAGUUACAUCGGGACAUCCAUGACCGCAUCGAUGUCAUGGUUCACUUCGACCUGCCCGGGCCGGAGGAGCGGGAGCGCCUAGUGAGAAUGUAUCUUGACAAGUAUGUUCUUAUCCCGGCAACAGAAGGAAAGCAGCGCCUGAAGCUGGCCCAGUUUGACUAUGGGAGGAAGUGGGAGGAGAUCGCUGAGCUGACGGAGCACAUUCGGGAGAUCGCACAGCUGGUUCAGUCCUGGCAGGACACGGCGUAUGCCUCCGAGGAUGGAGUCCUCACCGAGGCCAUGUUGGAUGCCCAUGUUGAAGACUUUGUUCAGCAGCACCAGCAGACAAUGCGCUUGCUGAAGAGGGAGGGGCCUGGGCCAGUGGAUGAGCACCCCUCAUCCUGAGUCCACAGUGAGACCACAACUCACGGAGCCUGGCCGUGGACCCCUCCCACCUCUGCCUUUCCGGCCCUGCACAUUUAGGAAAUGCUCCCCCUAAUAAAGUCCCACAGGUGCCGCACUGCUGUGUCUAUUGGCUGAUGCGGGGCGGGGUUUGGGUCCCCUAGUGCCCUCCUGGGGUCAAAGGUGACAGAAAAGACAGAGGCUGGAGCUUUCUGGAGAAUUUCCUAAUCACAGAGGGGUGGGCUUCACAUGAGGUGCCUGCCACAACGGGGCCGGCUGC